AUCUCCUGAGGGAAAUUUACCCAUGAUUCCACAGUUUUACCCAGGAUACACUUCUGCAAAGCCCCUCCUAUCUCCUCACUCCUGGGUUUGAGACUACAGGGAGAAGGAGCCAUUACAGUCAGCUCUCUUGUGGAAUCGUUUUUUUAGGAAAAUCCCUGCGUUUUAAAACACAUUCCUAUUUUUGUACUGACUACAAUGAUGGAGCCUUUUUCUGACCAGAUUGUGUUGUUCAUGCUGGCUGCAAGCUUGAUGGAGGAAGAAAGUGCAGAUGAACAUCAGGAUCCAGGUCAGCAAAUGUCUGCAUUGGGUGAGCCAGUAUUGCGGGUUUCAUUUCCACGUCCACGCCAGUAUCGCACUAGGCGUGAACUGGAGGAUCUCAGCGAGUUCGAGGUGAUACAAAAUUAUCGCUUAUCGACUCGCGACAUAUAUUCGCUGUACGCUCUGUUGGAGGCCGACUUGGAACCUCGGGCACGGUCAAAUCGUGCAAUCAGCGGUUUUCAGAAACUGCUGGGGACGUUACAUUUUUUGGCGUCAGGCACAUUCCAGCCUACACUGUCUCAAACAUGCGUUUUUUCUCAGUCGACUCUGUCGCGCUGUAUAACCCAAGUCAUUAGGGCUUUCCGCAAAUUGACGAUCCAGUACAUCACAUUUCCAGAGACGGACAGCGAAUGUCGUGAGAUCAAAUUAGGCUUUUACAACAAAUACAAAUUUCCCAAUGUGCUGGGCGCGAUUGACUGUACCCACGUGCAGAUCAGACCGCCACGUAAUUCAGAGGAAUGUUUUCGGAACCGAAAACAGUUCCAUUCCCUGAACGUGCAGGCGGUCUGUGAUGUAAAUAUGAGAUUUUUGAAUAUUUUUGUGGGAUUUCCUGGAUCAUCUCACGACUCCUUCAUCCUAAGCCAGUCAUCGCUGUUUGACAAGUUCGAAACAGGAAACAUGCCUGGUGGCUGGCUGUUAGGCGAUGCGGGUUAUCCAAACAAACCGUGGCUGUUGACCCCAUUGUCUAAUCCUGUUGGUAGAGCAGAAAAACGUUACCAAGAGAAACACAUUGCAUCGAGGGGAAUAAUUGAGCGUGCCUUCGGUGUACUUAAAAGCCGGUUUCGAUGUUUAGACACUUCCGGCGGUGCUCUUUUGUACUCACCGUCGAAGGUUUGCGGCAUGGUAAAUGCAUGUUGUAUUUUACACAACAUAUGUGUCGCAAACCGUUUGCCGGUGACUCUUCGUCGUAGUGCUUUCCUACGCGGGAACCGGUCUUCUGCUCUACCGGUGGGUAUGGACGAAGGAGAGGAUUCCCGGCGGACAGUGAUACAAAAUUUUUUUGCAGUUACCUAGUUUUACAUCCUGUUGAUGUGUAUCCCCAGGCCGUGUUUAUACAGUUUGUUCCCCCCUGUUUUAUCCUGUUUGGUUACCGCAAAUAUUUGACCCUUUUAUCCAACUCUACCAUGGGCGACCUAAUGGUGAUGUGGACCUGACCCUCCGCCAUGUAGCAGACAACCCCCUCAGCCCCAGGGUGACACUAUCACCCAUACCUGGAAGCUUAAACUGUUCUCUUCCACCGGUCCUGCGGUGUAUCUUCCCAAGUGGCGUGGAUGUGAGGAGACACGACAUUUCACCUGAUGUUCCAUGGGUGACCCUACUGGUGAUGUGGACCUGACCCUCCGCCAUGUAGCAGACAACCCCCUCAGGUCCUGCGGUGUAUCUUCCCAAGUGGCGUGGAUGUGAGGAGACACGACAUUUCACCUGAUGUUCCAUGGGUGACCCUACUGGUGAUGUGGACCUGACCCUCCGCCAUGUAGCAGACAACCCCCUCAGCCCCAGGGUGACACUAUCACCCAUACCUGGAAGCUCAAACUGUUCUCUUCCACAGGUCCUGCGGUGUAUCUUCCCAAGUGGCGUGGAUGUGAGGAGACACGACAUUUCACCUGAUGUUCCAUGGGUGACCCUACUGGUGAUGUGGACCUGACCCUCCGCCAUGUAGCAGACAACCCCCUCAGCCCCAGGGUGACACUAUCACCCAUACCUGGAAGCUUAAACUGUUCUCUUCCACCGGUCCUGCGGUGUAUCUUCCCAAGUGGCGUGGAUGUGAGGAGACACGACAUUUCACCUGAUGUUCCAUGGGUGACCCUACUGGUGAUGUGGACCUGACCCUCCGCCAUGUAGCAGACAACCCCCUCAGGUCCUGCGGUGUAUCUUCCCAAGUGGCGUGGAUGUGAGGAGACACGACAUUUCACCUGAUGUUCCAUGGGUGACCCUACUGGUGAUGUGGACCUGACCCUCCGCCAUGUAGCAGACAACCCCCUCAGCCCCAGGGUGACACUAUCACCCAUACCUGGAAGCUCAAACUGUUCUCUUCCACAGGUCCUGCGGUGUAUCUUCCCAAGUGGCGUGGAUGUGAGGAGACACGACAUUUCACCUGAUGUUCCAUGGGUGACCCUACUGGUGAUGUGGACCUGACCCUCCGCCAUGUAGCAGACAACCCCCUCAGGUGAGAUGCAAUUGACCAACAAAACUCCCUUGUCCAAAAUCACCCUGGCAUGUCCAAAGUGCAGCCCUCCGGCAUUUGCAAGACUGCACAUCCAAACAUUCCCUGAAACAGCAAUGCUGGAGCGGGGAAUGUUUGGAUGUGUAGUGAUGCAAGUGCAGGAGGGUUGCAUUUGGACCCACUGUUCCCCGCUUGUGUUGUGUGGACUGUUGUAUGUACCUCUUUUUUCAGCCCCAGGGUGACACUAUUACCCACAUCUGGUAGCUCAUACUGUUCUCUUCCACAGGUCCUGCGGUGUAUCUUCCCAAGUGGCGUGGAUGUGAGGAGACACGACAUUUCACCUGAUGUUCCAUGGGUGACCCUACUGGUGAUGUGGACCUGACCCUCCGCCAUGUAGCAGACAACCCCCUCAGGUGAGAUGCAAUUGACCAACAAAACUCCCUUGUCCAAAAUCACCCUGGCAUGUCCAAAGUGCAGCCCUCCGGCAUUUGCAAGACUGCACAUCCAAACAUUCCCUGAAACAGCAAUGCUGGAGCGGGGAAUGUUUGGAUGUGUAGUGAUGCAAGUGCAGGAGGGUUGCAUUUGGACCCACUGUUCCCCGCUUGUGUUGUGUGGACUGUUGUAUGUACCUCUUUUUUCAGCCCCAGGGUGACACUAUUACCCACAUCUGGUAGCUCAUACUGUUCUCUUCCACAGGUCCUGCGGUGUAUCUUCCCAAGUGGCGUGGAUGUGAGGAGACACGACAUUUCACCUGAUGUUCCAUGGGUGACCCUACUGGUGAUGUGGACCUGACCCUCCGCCAUGUAGCAGACAACCCCCUCAGGUCUUCCGGUGUAUCCUUCCUAAGUGGCGUGGAUGUGAAGAGACAGUUCCCCUGAUGUUCCCUGGGCAAUCUACUUACGUACAAUUCAACUGCAUUACAAAUUUUAAUAAAAACCACAGGAAACUUCUAUUUUUAAAAGUUUAUUGAAGAAAAAAUUUUUUUAAUAAAGUUUGAAAGUUAAUUAAAACAAAAAA